GGUCCAUUUGCGCGUUUCCGAAUGUCAUGAUUCAUCAUCAUGUGGACGUACAUGAUGGCCGCAAGCCGUGGAGUACGGGCGAAUAUGAUUAUGUCUGCCUCGAGAUGUCGCAAUGAGAGUGAAUCACCAAAAUAUGGUUACAACACCGGCCACAAUGUGCUGCCCCUACACUCAUCUGCGAGCUCCACAUUAACAUUAACUAUGAAUCACAUAAUCUCAGCAGCAGCCAUGGCGCUGAGGCAAAUUUAACAAGCGAAGCUUCCACCGCCAGCGCGCCGCCAUUUCAUACUCAUGCCACCGCACCGGCAUUGCAUAGAAUGCAGCCACACAACAGCAGCCAACAUCACAUCGCCCAUGCCACGGCGACAAUUGAUGAAGAUGGUACAAGUCUCUUUUCGCCACGUUUCGCAAGCGUUUAAUCGCCAAUCAUGUUGGUGAGCUGAUGGCGGAGGUGCCGCGCCGCAUUUCAAUGGAUGUAAGCGAUGAGGAGGAUGCCAUUGGUUUAGUGGAUGAGGUGGAGCGACGUCGACGUUGCUUUCGAGCUGUCACGAGAGACCUGUACUGAGCCGGAGAUCGCCGGUGUGUCGACAGGUAGGGGUGCUGACAGGUGUGGAGGAAGUGGUCGCGGUGACGCAGGGGCGUUGAGUAGUGGCGCAGAGGAUGACAGCGCCGAAGAGGAUUAUCUGGAGUUGGAGAGUGGCAAGCGAAUGUCACAGGUAAGAUUUCUUUUCUCUGUCACAAAUAUCUGUCUUUGUGUAUUCUAUAAACAAACAAUAUUAAUGUUUUAAAUUUUAAAUUCAUCUGAGCGAAGAAAUCUGGA